AUGGAAAAAGAAGAGGGCUCAGGGCAAAAGGAGAGAAGAGAGAAAAAGAUGAGCUUGUAUGUUAGGGGAAGGGAGUUGAGAGGAGCUUUGAGUGGUGGGUUGCCAUUGUGCAUUCUCAUGUAUAGGGAGAAUUAUUUAAAUGUUUCUGACCUUGACCACAAUCAUCCUUCUUCUGGUGUGUCUCUUUUGCAGGAAAACCAAGAUGUGUUUCCGGAUGAGAUACCUUCGGGUUUGCCACCUAUUAGGGCCUAUAAGAGUAGUCCAGCUGAGACUAAGGAACUUCAAAGACAGGUAGAUGAGCUUUUGGCUAAGGGACACGUCCACGAGAGCAUGAGUCCUUGUGCAGUUCCUGUUUUGCUUUUUGUUGUUGACUACUUUGAUGAUAUUCUUAUCUAUAGCAAAAACAUUGAUGAUCAUUUGCAUCAUUUGAAACUUGUGUUUGAUGUAUUGAGAAAAGAAAAAUUUCAAGGCAUUGAAGUAGAUGAUGAAAAAGUUAAGGCAAUUAGAGAUUGGCCAACACCUAAAAAUGCAUAUGAAGUUAGGAGUUUUCAUGGAUUAGUAAGUUUUUAUAGAAGAUUUAUGCCUAACUUUAGUUCAUUGGCUGCUCCAUUAAAUGAACUUGUCAAAAAGAAUGUGCCAUUUUUUUGGGGUAAAGAACAUGAACAUGCAUUUUCCAUGCUUAAGGGGAAAUUGUGUUCUGCACCUUUAUUAAUUUUGCCUAAUUUUGACAAAACAUUUGAGAUUGAAUGUGAUGCAUCAAGUGGAGGGAUUGGAGCUAUUCUCAUGCAAGAGAAACGCCCAAUUGCUUACUUUAGUGAAAAGUUGCAUGGUGCCGCAUUGAAUUAUUUUAUAUAUGACAAAGAAUUGUAUGCAUUAGUUAGGACAUUAGAUACAUGGCAACAUUAUCUGUGGCCUAAGAAAUUUAUCAUACAUUCUGAUCAUGAGUCUUUAAAGUAUAUCAAAAGCCAACAUAAGUUGAGUAGGAGACAUGCUAAAUGGGUAGAAUUUAUAGAGUCUUUUCCUUAUGUUGUGAAAUAUAAGCAGGGCAAAGAGAAUGUGGUUGCUGAUGCACUCUCUCGCAGAAGUUCUUUGAGGGAAUUGCUUGUAAAUGAGAGUCAUAGUGGAGGCCUUAUGGGGCAUUUUGGUGUCGCCAAAACACUAGAUGUCCUUAGGGAGUACUUCUUUUGGCCCCACAUAAGAAAAGAUGUUGAGAGACUAUGUGCUAGAUGUGAGACUUGCAAGAGAGCAAAGUCUAAGGUGAUGCCUCAUGAGCUAUACACACCUCUACCCGUGCCUAAGCAUCCUUGGGUUGAUUUGUCCAUGGACUUUGUCUUGGGUUUGCCUAGGUCACAAAGGGGUCAUGAUUCUGUUUUAGUUGUUGUGGAUAGGUUUUCAAAAAUGGCACAUUUUAUCCCAUGUCACAAAACUGAUGAUGCUACAUAUGUUGCUAAUAUAUUCUUUAGGGAGGUUGUUAGGUUACAUGGUAUACCCAGAACCAUUGUGAGUGAUAGGGAUGUAAAAUUCUUGAGUCAUUUUUGGAAGGUUAUAUGGGGAAAAUUGGGAACUAAGUUACUUUUCUCUAUUACUUGCCAUCCCCAAACUGAUGGCCAAACAGAAGUAGUGAAUAGGACCUUAGUCACACUUUUGAGAGCUGGGAACUCUCCUUUUGAGCUUAUUUAUGGUUUUAAUCCACUUACUCCCUUAGAUUUUUUACCAUUGCCUAUUUAUCAUGUUGCUUCAUUGGAUGGUGACUUAGCAUGGAUCCAUUUGAGAAAGGAAAGGUUUCCUAACCAAAGGAAAUCCAAGUUGCAUCCUAGAAGUGAUGGCCCUUUUCAAGUGCUUGAAAGAAUUAACAAUAAUGCUUAUAAGAUAGAAUUGCCUAGUGAUUAUGGAGUUAGUAAUACUUUUAAUGUAACUGAUCUUACUUCUUUCCUUGGUUCAGAAAUGAAUUCGAGGACGAAUUCUUCUCAAGUGGGAGAGGAUGAUGAGGAUCACCAUGGAGCACCACCACCCUUCAAAGGGGCAAUCACUAGGGCGAUAGCUAAGCAACUUCAAAGCAUGCUCAUGGACCAUAAAAGGAUUUUCAACUUAGAAGGGGAGCUGCAUAAGGAAGGCCUAGCUUGCUUGCUGCAAGAAUCUAAGUGGAUCACCAUGUGCCAAGUUGAAGCUUCCAUUGCCAUACCACCAACCAUGUCAGCUUCCAUUGCCACAUCACCAUCCACCUUGGACAUGCCUCACUCCACCUUGGAGUCCACUUAG